CCGUCCACAGCGGAGGCUCCAGGAUUUCAGGCUAUCCGAAAGCUCUCCACGCCGGCCCUCGGGGGAGCCCUGCUCUUUAUUCCCAAGGAGUUAGGUGGGGGCGGCAGAUCGUGGCUCUGAUUAGGAGCGCUCUGUACGCGCCCAGAGGCACUUUGCCUUGAAAGACGCUGAGCUCCGGUUCUCGUAUUCAGCGCAAGUUCCCAAGCUGAGACUAGAUGUUACCUAGCUCCGCUGCCCUCUGCUCAUCGCAUCAAGGUUUACACAAUGGUCCCAGAGGUGGAUGACACUGAAGGUGAGGCACUACCCCCCUGUUCUUUUCUAGAGAAGCAGCUGCCUCCGAGAGAUGAAGUCGUUGUCCUCUGCAGCUCGGAUUCUGAAGACUCGUCCACUCUGUCUCCCGCAUGGAAAAAGCCCCGUAGUACGCAAGAUUCAGCCAAAGCGGCUACGCAUCUGAAAGUAAUGGAAGAACUCAGCAGCGAAAGCGAAGAGGACGAAGACCUGAUGCCCUUGGCUGAACGACUCAAAAUGAACCUUUUGAACAGCAAGCCGCCUAUAGCUGGAGCUGCAUUUACUCGGAUCCAGGAACAGAGCAAGCAAGACUCAGCGGGGGGCAAGAGGCCACAUUCAACGGACGAGCAAGUCGCCGCUGAUUGCUGGCCGCAGUCGCCACCCAAAGCAUUCGACGUUAGGAGAAGAGCUGCACACAAUACUUGGGAGUUGUCAGAUAGUGAUCCGGAAGUGACUCCAAGGGUGCCUCAGAAACAAUCUUUGAACCAACUUUCAGUCUGCCUCAAUCGGUGCUCAAUAGAAAACGGAAGCCGCCAAAAGACAAAAACAAAACGCAGCCUGGAGGAAAUGGACAAAGCUCGCCAGGCCACCGUACAGAAAAGAAAAGAUCAAGAAAUGCGGAAGGUGCUGCAGGAGAAGGAAAGAGAGAGGAAGAAGGUUCUUGCCAAUAUGUGGAAGGCGCAGAGACCGGAAGAGUGUCUGAAACACGUUCAAGUCGUGCUGGAUCCAGGUCUUUUACAGGUAGAGGGUGGUGGACAGGUGCUUACCUCUUUGCAGUCCAUGGACUGUAGCUACAUUAUCGAGCCUCAAGCUGUUCCCUGCAGUAUUACCUGGAGAAGGAAAACUGGACUAGCUCAGGCUGAAGAAGACAGUUGGAUCAAAGAACCCAACAUCCUUAUUCUCAUACUCCUAGAAGAGUUUGUCUCCAUGAUCCAAAACUAUAAGCAGGUUAGCAUGGAAGGAUCUAGUGUGACUCUGCAGAGCUUUGUGGCUAAUGUUGAGAAGAAAAUCCCUGGGAAAACUCUGGCACUGGCUGUAGUUGAACUAGAAAAAUAUUUCAGUUGUCACAAGGAGAAGCAACAAAAGAAACUGCAGCGAGCCAUAACACAGGAGCAGGGCAAACAAAGGAAUCGGAAAGGGAAGACUGUUUCAACCCCAGAGGUGUCCAGAGUGGAUGUGGAAGAAGCUUUAGUGGGUCUACAGCUUGACACAGGCAUCCAAGUUCGAGUCCUCGAGAGCUGGAAGGAGUUUGCCGACUUUGCCAGCAUGUUCACCAAGGCUGUAGCUGAAGCACCAUUCAAAAGAGAACGGGAUAAAACCAGCUUUUCCUUUUGCUUGGAGGGCGAUUGGAUCGGAGGUAUAAAGGUAGACCGCUCUGGAAAGGGGCUACUGCAAGUGUGGAAGAGGCAGCUUCAGCAGUUUAACCGGGUCAGCCUGGAGAUGGCCAACGCCAUUGUGGCCAAAUACCCUUCUCCACUGCUCCUUGUGCAGGCCUACAGCGCCACCUCGUCUGAACAGGACCGACAGAACCUUCUUGCAGAGAUCCCUGUACGCCGUGGUGAUGGUGUGACUGCCACUACAAGACGAGUUGGGCCGGAGCUCUCCAAACGGAUUUAUCUUCAUAUGACUUCCCUUAACCCUGACCUUUCACUAGAUGUUACUGGAUGAACCAAAACGUAGAUUUAAGCAGACUCUCGUAUUCCUUUUAUUGUCAGGGGGAAAAACAUUAAACAUUUCUGAAAACAUAAAUGCUGCUUAGAACUUGGAAAGGAGAAAUGACCUUGCUUACUGUCCGUCCUUAUGGAAGUCUCCUCGGCUAACAAUCCCCAAAUCCGUUUUAGCACAUUGUAACUAAUGGGAAACUGUUGCUUUCGUUUGUGAGAUAACAGCGGCGGUCUUCGAAAGAAACUUUUUAUAAAAAGCAGGUUAUCCCAAAUGGAUUUGUACUAACUGCUGUAUAACCCAAAGCACUAUCCAUAUAUGACAGUGUUAACCUCAAGGCAGAAUAUUGUGAGUUA